AGGAUACAGGAUGCUGUACCCAUGAAACCAAACAAUUUGAUUGCCCAAACAAGACCUGCAUGAUGACCACAGCAGUCGACAUUCCAACAUGGAUGCAGAGAAUUUCACAAGGCCCACUUCUAGAUGAUGCACCACAGACAGUCUACAACUGCCGAGAGAAAGAGAAUCAGUUUCCUCUAGGGACAAGCUCUGUGGAAGCUAUGCCCCAGACAUCUGUGGUCUUCUCCAGCAUCCUUGGACCCAACUGUAACAGACAGGGGCAGCCUGGCAUGGGGGAGAGAGGAGGUGGGGCCAGCAGCGGCUCCAAGGACCUCAUUUUUCAAGAUGGACGCCUCACUUCCGGGUCCUUGGAGGCCUUGAUGGAGCACCUGGUCCCAACGGUGGACUAUUAUCCUGAUCGGACAUACAUCUUCACAUUUCUCCUGAGUUCCCGGGUCUUCAUGCCCCCUCAUGACCUUCUGGCUCGAGUAGGGCAGAUCUGUCUGGAACAGAGGCAGCAGCUGGAGGCUGGGCCCGAGAAGGCCAAGCUAAAGUCCUUCUCUACCAAGAUUGUGCAGCUGCUGAAGGAGUGGACGGAGGCCUUCCCUUACGACUUCCAGGAUGAGAAGGUCAUGACAGAGCUGAAGGCCAUCGCACACCGUGUCACGCAGUGUGAUGAGCAGUCCCAGGAGCCACUGUGGGCCCAAAGGUGUACUCAGGUCUGGCUAGGAGGUCGGGAGCUGAAGGAGAAUGGCACAGUGAAGAAAGCCAUUGCUCAAAUGAUACAAAGCUUGCUGUUGUCCCUGGCUGCCCGAAGUCAGCUCCAAGAACUUCGGGAGAAGCUCCGGUCACCCGUUGUGGACAAAGGGCCUGUCCUUAAGGCCAAGCCACCAGCUGCCCAGAAAGAUAUCCUGGGUGUGUGUAGCGACCCCCUGGUGCUGGCCCAGCAGCUGACUCACAUUGAACUGGAGCGGGUCAACAGUAUUCGCCCUGAGGACCUGAUGCAGAUCAUCAGCCACAUGGACUCCUUGGACAAUCACAGGUGCCGAGGAGACAUGACUAAGACCUUCAGUUUAGAAGCCUAUGACAACUGGUUCAACUGCUUGAGCAUGCUCGUGGCUACAGAGGUGUGCCGGGUGGUAAAGAAGAAACACCGGACCCGCAUGCUGGAGUUCUUCAUUGAUGUGGCCCGAGAGUGUUUCAACAUUGGGAACUUCAACUCCAUGAUGGCCAUCAUAUCUGGCAUGAACCUCAGUCCAGUGGCACGGCUGAAGAAAACGUGGUCCAAAGUCAAGACCGCCAAGUUUGAUGUCUUGGAGCACCACAUGGACCCCUCCAGCAACUUCUGCAACUACCGAACAGCCCUGCAGGGGGCGACGCAGAGGUCUCAGACAGCCAACAGCAGCCGGGAGAAGAUCGUCAUACCCGUGUUCAACCUCUUCGUUAAGGACAUCUACUUUCUACACAAAAUCCACACCAACCACCUGCCCAAUGGGCACAUAAACUUCAAAAAAUUCUGGGAAAUUUCCAGACAGAUCCACGAGUUCAUGACAUGGACACAGGUGGAGUGUCCCUUUGAGAAGGACAAGAAGAUCCAGAGUUACCUACUCACAGCGCCCAUCUACAGUGAGGAAGCUCUCUUCAUCGCCUCCUUUGAAAGUGAAGGUCCUGAGAAUCACAUGGAGAAGGACAGCUGGAAGACACUCAGGACCACUCUCCUUAACAGAGCCUGAGGAUGCAGCCUGCAGAUGCCAGAUGAAGCAGAAAACACGAAUCUCGUUGACAUUGUGAUGGAUGUAGGAGAAGAGCGGCAAGGCCUCACUGGCUGGGGUCAUUUUGUAUAUAACUUUUAUGAAAAAGAAGACAGUAAUUAUCUCACGCA